AUGUCCACCUCUGCUUCGGCGACGGCCGACUCAGACAGCGAGGUGCAAUCGCGCACCCAGCAGAGUCCCAUGGCCUCCCAACGCGCCAACGCGGAGAACCCACGGCGAUCGCGCCUCGAGGGCCUUUUCCCUCUAUCCUACAAGCAGGGCUUCUCACAAUGGUGGACUGCUCUGCCCGCCGCUCAAGCAGAACACCGUGUGCUCUCGUUCGUUCCCCAUUUACAGCAACCUCCCACGCACACAAAGACCGGCUCUGCGCCACCCUCGCAGACCAACUCCACCAUCACCAUAGACAAGACCGCCUCCCCCGAUGCCGUCACCUCCACGAACUCCAUCACAGAUCCCUACGGCCCUCGAACAUGGCACUCGCGCCUCGUCCCCCUCUCCGGGAAAAACCGCGCAUUGAACGAGUUCUCCGUCGUGCGCAACGUGCCCGAGGAGGGCGAUCCGGAGCACAACCUGGUCAUUCUGCACGGCUACGGAGCCGGUCUGGGCUUCUUCUACAAGAACUUUGAGCCCCUCUCGCGCGCACCGGGGUGGCAGCUCUACGCUCUGGAUAUGCUCGGCAUGGGCCGCAGCUCGAGACCGCCGUUCCGCUUAAAGUCCAAGACGAGGGAGGCACAGAUCACCGAGGCGGAGGAUUGGUUCAUUGACUCGCUGGAGGAGUGGCGGGUGAAGAAGAAGAUUGAUAAGAUGACGCUCAUGGGGCACAGCAUGGGCGGAUACAUGGCCGUGUGUUACGCGUUGAAAUACCCGGGCAGACUGAACAAGUUGAUUCUGGCCAGUCCGGUGGGUAUACCAGAGGACCCCUACGCAACGCACGCCGCGAUGCCUCCUCCACCAGACUCGACGGCGCAAAACGAAGUCACCACCCCAGACCAGGCACAGUUGAAGCAAAAGCCCAACCCCAACCGUCUGCCGGUCAAAGAUAUCUCGUCCGCAGACACCUCGUCUUCGGAAGAGACCCCGACUCCGCCCCCACGUCGGCCUCUGCCGAAGUGGCUCACCUACCUCUGGGACGCCAACAUCUCUCCGUUCAGCUUUGUUCGGUGGUCCGGUCCUUUGGGCCCUCGCCUCGUCUCCGGGUGGACGUCUCGGCGCUUCUCCCAUCUCCCUUCCGAGGAAGCCCUGGCAUUGCAUGACUAUAGUUACUCCCUCUUCCGGUUGAGGGGCAGUGGGGAGUAUGCGCUCGCCUAUAUCUUGGCCCCGGGCGCCUUUGCGAGGAGUCCGCUGAUCAGACGCAUCGGAAGUGUGGGGAGACAGCCUCUCACGGCAUCUACGCACGAGGUCAACGAACAGGGCCAGCUGAAGCAGUUCCCCGGAUCAUCUUCAACUGCGCCAAACAACACUAGCUCGCCAGAUGUUGAGAGAGAACGAGGGAUUCCGGUCGUGUUGAUGUACGGCGAGAACGACUGGAUGGACGUCUCCGGGGGGUAUGCGGCCAAGAAGAAGAUCGACGCCGAGACAGCCCGUGCUCUGGCGACCGCUUCGCCUGAAGAGAGAGCGCGGGACCACGGGUCGGCGAAAGUCGUCAUCAUCAGUAACGCGGGACAUCAUUUGUAUCUCGAUAAUGCAGACGAAUUCAACGAGGUCAUACUCGCCGAGAUGGAAGAUGUGCGGAGACGGACUCUGAAGGAGAAAGAGAGGAUGCGGUAG